GUCUGAUCUUUUUUUUCAUAAAGAUUUUUCUCUUGGAGAUUUUUCUAAAUGACUAUUACAAACACAAUUUGUUGAUACUGAGGGAGAGCACUAAUUCUUGCCUUCAGAUCUACUGCCUUUUAUAUCUUUUGAAUCUUGAAGAAAUAAGAGUCAUAGAAUUUUUAGCAUGGGAAAGAAUUUUAAUCCCACAGUUUUGGAAUGUGAGGAAGAAUUAAAGCAGAGUCAAGUGCCUUGCUAGUGGAUCACAUUCUGUGUCCAGCUUGACCUUCAGUAUAACUGAGGUCACAUACAAGCCAAAUUACAGGAAGGGGAAGAAAUUAACAUUUUUUCAGGCCAAGUGUGCGGGCAGGGGAAGGAGUUGGAAUGUCAAGAGUAAGGACUGUAAGGCUGAUGUGCUUCAAAACUGCAAAUGGACUAAAACAAUAUGGAUUUAAAGUCCAAGUCUGGAAGGCCUAGGGACCCAGGUCCAGAGUUCCUCUGCUCAGCCACUGCCCCCACCAGUCAUCUGCCUUUGCACUCUGAGGCUUCAGAGUUAGAGAACAGUCCCCAAGGCCCCCGUCAUCUCUGACACCAAAUUGCAGUUUUGGUUCCCCGGGACCACCACCGCUCAGAUUCAGUAAUCCGCUAGGACUCACUGAGAACUGUGACACCUGUAGUUCUGGUUUAUUACAGCAAAAGGAAUCAGACUAAAAUCAAUCAAGGGAAGAGAUGUGCAGAGCCCAGGAGAAUUCCAAAUGCUCAGCUCCCAGUGGUCUCCACGGGCAAUAUUGAUUCCUGAAUUAAGCCGCCACCAUGUCGAGCAAAAAGGCAAAGACCAAGACCAAGAAGCGCCCCCAGCGCGCAACCUCCAACGUGUUCGCCAUGUUUGACCAGUCCCAGAUUCAGGAGUUCAAGGAGGCCUUCAACAUGAUCGACCAGAACAGGGACGGGUUCAUCGACAAGGAAGACUUGCAUGACAUGCUUGCUUCUCUAGGGAAGAACCCAACUGACGCGUACCUGGAAGCCAUGAUGAACGAGGCUCCAGGGCCCAUCAACUUCACCAUGUUCCUCACCAUGUUUGGGGAGAAGCUGAAUGGCACAGACCCAGAAGAUGUCAUCAGAAAUGCUUUUGCUUGCUUUGAUGAAGAAGCGACUGGCACCAUUCAGGAGGAUUACCUGAGAGAACUGCUGACCACAAUGGGAGACCGGUUUACAGAUGAGGAAGUGGACGAGCUGUACAGAGAAGCACCUAUUGACAAAAAGGGGAAUUUCAAUUACAUCGAGUUCACGCGCAUCCUUAAGCAUGGAGCGAAAGACAAAGACGACUGAAAGAACUUGAGCUAAAACUUUCCAAUUACUUUGUCUUACUCUAUAUUGUUUCCUAGACAUUACCCCCCGCCCACCAUAGACCUGUUGCAUGCAACUUUGAUUCACAGCUUUGCCUCUUUUUUUGGGUGUAUUUAUUCUAGACCUUCCUGCCACUUAGCACUUGUAUAAUCAGACUGCAAAUGGGGAUAAAGUUGUAAAUUGUAUUGAAAAAAGAGAUUGCAAAUAAAAAUCAACAAAUGUGAAAGCCCAGGAAAAUAUAUCCGGUAUUUCUGAUUUUGCUGGAUUUUUACAUUUUUAUAUAAUAAAAAUGCUAUUUUGAAAUAAA